AUGGAGACGCCACCACUUCGCAGUGGAGAACUACAAAGACAAUGUCAGUACAGGAUUUACGAACAAACAAGUAUUCGAGGCAAUAACAUCUUCACUAAGACUGCGAUCACGUGGCAGCACUGUCACGAUCUUUGUGAGACCGUCACAGAGUUUGUCUGCCGCAGCUUCGAGUACAAUCCGGUCAGCCAGUACUGUCAACUCUCUCAGACCAACAGAUGGCAAAAAUCAAAUCAGUUCGCCUUCAACGUUAGAAGCUGGGAUUACUACCACAAAACUUGCAUAACAGCAUUGUUGCAGAACGAUCUUCCUGAAUAUUCAUCAACUUUUUCCACUCUAUCAACUGUUUCAUCAACAUCAACAAUAGAUUCUACAGUCUCAACGACCCCCAAAACUUCAGUAUCCUCACAACUAUUACAACCACUGAGAGUCCUGAUGUUUGAGGGCCCUUUGUCAUGGUCCAAAGCCAACGACUUUUGCAAAUCAAAGGGUGGGAUAUUAGCAGUUCUGAAUGAUAAAUCCAUAAUCCCAGAGGCUAACCUAACAUCCACAGAAAAGUAUACACUGUUUUGUCUCAUAUCAAUGUUUGUAGAAUGAAGGAUA